GGUUGGAGCAAGGCCGCUGGUGGAGGGCGCCGGAGCGGGGUAUCAAGGCCGCAAGGACGCGACGGCCGCGCCGGUGAAGGACGAGCCGCCGGAGAACCGCAGCGCUUCCAACCUCGCCGGAGUAUCUCGUCGCUGCCGCCCCCAGGGAGCUGGUUCAUAAUAGGCGAAAAUGGUCAUGCUCAUUGAUAUCAACUCAACUCCUCCAGAAGAGGAGGAUGAUGUCGGGAGGGUUCUGGAUCUGAACUUCAGUCCACAUACUCCACAAGAACAAGAACAAGCUGCUCAGCCAGGUCACAUUCCAGACGAACAAGAACAAGAACAAGCUGCGGAGCUAGAACAGAAUCCAGAACAAGAACAAGAACAAGAUGUGGAGCUAAACCAGAAUCCAGAAGAAGAACGUAAUUUGCACCGGCGUCGUAAGGAUGUGCCAGAGAGAAGCAAAUUUGCCUCAUAUAUUGCAUUGAAAGCUUUAGGCAAAGAUAGACCUGUUGUGAAGGCAGAUAAAGAAAAUGUGGCUCAACUCUUGGGAAUAAGUCUUCGGUCAGUCGAGAAGACAUGGAAGAAGGCAAUGGAUCAAGAGGCCAGGAAUGAAGUGGUUGAUUUCUCCAAUAAUCAGAAGAUGUGUGGAAGAAAGAGGAGAGAGCUUAAUCUGGAUGAAAGGGUUCCUCAAGUUCCAUUGAACCAAAGGGGUACACUGAGGGCGCUGGCAAGGUCCCUUGGUGUCCCUUUCUCAACACUACAAAGACGGUUGGCAUGGGGCGAUUUAAGGCGCCAUACUAAUAGUCUGAAGCCAUAUCUAUCUUUGUAAAAUAGACUAAGAAGACUGCUAUAUUGCAUCUCAAUGAUAGAUGAACCAUCAAUAACAGAUGCAAAGGUUAUCUUCAAAAUGAUGGGGAACAUAAUGCAUAUGGAUGAAAAAUGGUUUGAUAUGACAAAGCGCAAUCGAACAUAUUACCUAACUCCAGAAGAACCGGAUCCAGUUCGCACUAUCCAUAACCAUAACAACAUCGGUAAGGUGAUGUUCCUAACUCUGGUUGCAAGACCAAGAUUUGAUGCACAAGGUAAUAUGACAUUUGACGGAAAGGUCGGAAUUUGGGCUUUUGUCAUAGAGGAUGUGGCCAAGUACAACUCAAAGUAUCAAACAAAAGGCGAUUUGAUGCUAAAGAAUCUCAAUGUUACUAGAGAGGUGAUGCGGGAAUACCUCUGUGAGAAGGUAAUUCCAGCAAUUGUUGAAGUAUGGCCCGACGAUGGAGACGUGGGAACCAUAUGGAUACAACAGGACAAUGCAAGAACACAUG